AUGUCUGGCCUUUUCUGGGCAUCUUCGACGACGAAAUUUGACGAGGAUGUUGAUCGAGCGACAGCAGAGACCCUCCCCACUGGGGAGGAAGACUUAGAGCUCAACUUUGAGAUCAGUGACUCCAUAAGAUCGAAGAGUGUACAUGCCAGGGAGGCAAUGCGUAGCAUUAAGCGGCGUAUUAACCACAAGAACCCAAAUGUUCAGCUGUCAGCCCUUGCACUCACAGACACAUGCAUUAAGAAUGGUGGUGAUCAUUUCUUAGCAGAGAUUGCGUCGCGUGAUUUCAUGGACAACCUUGUUUCCCUGCUCAAGUCUCCGGCUCUUAACAAUGACGUCAAAGGGAAGAUCCUCCGUCUCAUACAGAAUUGGGCUGUGUCGUUCGAUGGCAAGCCCUCACUCAAGUAUACAACCGAGACGUAUAGAAUUCUGAAGCAGGAAGGGUACUCGUUUCCACCUAUAGAUCCAGCCGCAAUGAGCGCCGCAAUGACGGAUACUCUGACUCCCCCGGAAUGGAUAGAUUCGGACGUUUGCAUGCGAUGUCGAACCCCGUUCUCGUUCACCAACAGGAAGCAUCACUGCCGUUGCUGUGGUCUUAUAUUCGACCAACAGUGUUCCAGCAAGUCGAUGCCAUUACCGCAUCUUGGAAUCGUACAACCAGUCCGUGUCUGUGAUUCAUGUCAUAUCAAAGUGAACAAGGCAAAAAGGCAAGUCACCUUAUGCUAUCAGCUGUACCUCCGAGGCUCGAAACAUCCCCGUAAACUGUCAAAAAGUGGGACCACGACGACAAGACCCAUCUCCGAGUCAGAGGAUGAAGACUUGCAACGAGCUAUCCAACUAUCUCUGGAGGAGGCGGGCCUUGCAGACCCUGGGCACGGUCCGCGGAGAGUAGGCUACAUACCUCCCGAGUUCCCUGGUGCAAAUGAGCCUCCUCUGGUCGUUCCAAAUGUGCAGGAUGGCCCUGACGACGAUCCGGAAUUGCGAGCAGCCAUUGAGGCGAGUUUAUGGGAAUCCCAGGCUCCGAAGGCGAGCGCGCCCACCGAAGACGAACCCGCACUGUAUGAUGGCGCGUAUAUAUCUCCAAAUUUCGAUCUGGAUCCCACGGAAUCAGAGGCUAUCCUUGCAUUCAGUCAAACGGUCGAGUCGGCUAGUGCCCAAGGAGCAACAGAUCUGAUGCAGCAACAUGGUGUAACCGAACUCUAUGAUCGAGCAACAAGAAUGCGACCAAAAUUGGCUCAAAGCUUGGAUGAUACAGGGCGUCGAGAACAAAUACUAUCUGAGAUGAAUGAGAAACUUUCCGAGGCGGCCCGACUCUAUGACAAAUUGCUCACAUCACAGAUCUCGACAUCCCGCCAUUUUGUCCCCCAACGUACUGAACCAUACCCGUCUCAUCCUGCAAGCGUACCUUACGCACCAUAUUCCGCUUCAUAUCAACCCCUUGCCUCACCUUCAUGGAAAUCGAGCCCAGUUUCUCACCAAGCGCAUAGUUCAGAACCGGAGGCGCCAACUUUUCAUUAUAACGAGCCACAAUACCCCCAAUAUGUUCCGCAAACGCAACAGCCCGAACUGUCGCAGCAGAUGACACAACCUCUUGCCCAACCGACAAUCUCCCAUGCGCAACAACAUGAACAACAUGAACCCACUCCAUCCUACAAUCCCUCUGCUAUGGCUUCGCUGACUCAACCUUCAGAGCUUCAACCGUCCCGGAUCCCCCCUCCCCCCUCUCUCUCUGCACCCAUUUCUCCUCCCCAUGAACUGCACAUACCCCCUCCAGCCAUACCGGCCUCGGUCCCUGUCGUUUUGCCCUCUCAACCUCAGCCAUACCAAUCUGUCAAUUCGAUGCCUAUAUUCCCUUCCGUACCUACCGGACCAUUGCAAUCGCAAACCUAUCGGGCGCCAGAACCUAAGGAGGCCAUGUUAAUUUCUUUCGACUAG